GGGACCAGAAGCCACGGGCACAAACUGCACCCCUAGCGGGUCCCUUUGAGCACGGGGACACGCUCCUCAGUGCGGGGGUGACACGGGCACAGGGAGGCGCUGGGGUCUCCGGAGCCCCAUGUCGUGGUCCCGGGCAGCGGCCGGUGCGGGGGCUGCCCGGGGGCCCCAGCGGGGCUCGGCUCCACCGGCCCGCGGGUGUCGGGCGCGGGGCCCUCGGGGUCCCGGUCCCGCUCCGGCUGUCCCGGCUCCGCGCGGGGCGGGGCCGCGGGGGCCGCCGGGAGCCUCGUGCGGCCGCGUCCCGUCCCGGCAGCCCCCGCGAGCCGGCCCGCCCGGCGCGGGGAGAUGGCGGCGGGCGCGGAGGAGCGGCGCGGAGCCUGGGGCGCGGCGGGCGCCGAGCGCAGCCCCGGCCCCGGCCCCGGCCCGCUGGGCUCGCUGCUCAGCCGGCUGCCCCUGGGCCCGGCCCCGCGGCGCCGAACCGCCAGCCAGUGCCAGCCCGAGCCGCCGCUGCUGCGCACCAGCAAGCGGACCAUCUACACCGCCGGGCGGCCGCCCUGGUACAGCGAGACCGGCGCGCCCGUGGACGAGGCCUUCGUCAUCGGCCUGUGCGGCGGCAGCGCCUCUGGCAAGACAACCGUGGCGACGCGGAUCAUCGAGGCGCUGGACGUGCCCUGGGUCGUGCUGCUCUCCAUGGACUCCUUCUACAAGGUGCUGGACGAGGGGCAGCAGGCGCUGGCCGCCCGCAGCGACUACAACUUUGACCACCCCGACGCCUUUGACUUCGAGCUGCUCGUCAGUGUCCUCCGCAAGCUCAAGAAGGGCAAGAGCGUGAAGGUGCCGGUGUACGACUUCACCACGCACAGCCGCCGCCGCGAGUGGAAAACGGUGUAUGGAGCCAACGUCAUCGUGUUUGAAGGGAUACUGGCUUUUGCAAACAAGGAGUUGCUGAAGCUCCUGGACAUGAAAGUGUUUGUGGACACGGACUCCGACAUCCGGCUGGUGCGGCGGCUGCAACGCGACAUCAUGGAGCGUGGGCGCGACAUCGUGGGCGUCAUCAAGCAGUACCAGAAGUUCGUGAAGCCGGCCUUCGAGCAGUACAUCGAGCCCACCGUGCAGGUGGCCGACAUCGUGGUGCCGCGGGGUGGGGAGAACUCAGUGGCCCUGGACCUCAUUGUGCAGCACGUGCACAGCCAGCUGGAGAAGCGCGAGAUCACCGUCAGGGCAGCCCUGGCCUCUGCCCACCAAGGGCAGCCGCUGCCGAAGACGCUGAGCGUGCUGGAGAACACGCCGCAGGUGCGGGGCAUGCACACCAUCAUCAGGAACAAGGACACGACCAGGGACGAAUUCAUCUUCUACUCCAAGCGCCUGAUGAGGCUGUUGAUUGAACAUGCCCUCUCCUUCCUGCCGCUGAAGUCGGUCACUGUGGAGACACCGCAGGGGACAACAUACGAAGGGAAGCGGUUCCACAGGCAGAGGAUCACAGGCGUGUCCAUCCUGCGCGCAGGGGAGACCAUGGAGCAGGCGCUCACGGCCGUGUGCAAGGACAUCCGCCUGGGCAAGAUCCUCAUCCAGACCAACCUGGACACGGGGGAGCCCGAGCUCCACUACCUGCGCCUGCCCAAGGAAAUCAGCGAGGACUACGUCAUCCUCAUGGACAGCACCGUGUCCACCGGGGCCGCGGCCAUGAUGGCCGUGCGCGUGCUGCUGCGUCCCGCAGGACCACGACGUGCAGGAGGACAGGAUCUUCCUGCUGUCGCUGCUGAUGGCGGAGAUGGGGGUGCACUCCGUGGCCUACGCCUUUCCCCGCGUCCACAUCAUCACCACCGCCGUGGACAAGAGGAUCAACGAGGAGUUCCACAUCAUCCCGGGCAUCGGUAACUUUGGGGACAGAUACUUUGGCACCGAUGGCCCUUCUGCCUGGUGUGAGAGCGACGGCAUGGACUGCUGAGCUGGCUGGCCACGGAGCCACCGGCCGGGCUGGCCCUGGAGCCGGCCCCUGCCCCCAGGAGGGGCUCCCCGUGCCCACCCCCCGGCAUGGUCCUGCCUGCAGGACGAGCCCCUCGCUGCCACCCUCUGCCUCACAGGAGCAGCCACCGGCGGGGCCCAUCGUCCCCCUGAGGAGGGAUGGAGGAGGGAUGGCAGCCCGCCGGAGUGGGGAGUGCUCUCCCCAAGGCGUGUCCCCAGGGGCCGGUCACCCUCGUCCCUGGGGAGGAGGGGACGGGGUGCGGUGCCCUCGACGCUUCCUCCGGGCCCUGGCUGGGGGGCCGGGCAGGCUCCCUUGCUGGAAUCUGUAUUUAUUCGUAUUUAUUUAGAGCAGCUGCCCACCUGGCUCUCCCGCGGGGCAGCCCAGCUACUUGAAAAACAUCAGGGAUUGGGGAUCUCCUCAAGGAACCACCUUGUCCCCACCGAUCUGACACUCCAUCCCCUCCCUGUCCCCACAGGGGCCCGAGGGGGCUCCGGGCUGGCACAGGGAGGGCAGGGGCUGCCUUAGCUCCCCGCCCUGUGCCGGCAGGAGGGUUUGAUAUUCAAACGUUGUCCCGGUGCUCUCCCAGCUCUGCGGGGGCCAGCCCCGGUGCCCAGCAUCCCUGGGGGGGUGAGGGGGCCGGGGCUGCCCCCCCACUGCUGCCCUUGUCGCUCAGGUUCUUUGAAGGGGCAGCAGCAGCUUUGCCUCCCGCUCGGGGAACGGGAGCAGCAGCGGCUCCGGAGCGGGGUGGGGGUCCGGGGCCUGGCCCGUGCCCCCCCUUGCCGGCUGCAGAGGAUCCGCUGCCCCUCCCCGCUGCCCCCGCUGCCUUGUUUUGUACCCAAUAAAGGAGCAGCGUGA